UGGAAAAAGGAGGUCAGUCAAACACCGAGUCCCGCCUUCUAAGAUUGGCGCGUAACCUAGCAACACAGGGACCGCCGAGUUGGUUAAUUGUGGGCAGAGAAACUUGCGGCUUGAGGAGCCGGGUUGCUGAUUGAAAAGCCAACGGAGUCUUGAGUUGGGUGACGUCUCGGUGCCAGGGUAUAUAGAGAAAAGCCAGCCGCUCCAGACAUGGCCUUGGACAUCUACAGCAUGGCCCCUUCCUACCAAGGGCUGGCCAUCCAAAGAAUCCCACUGAAAACAGACAUAAUCCCAGCUGAGCCGAUGAAGACCUUGGCACCAUCCAAAUCUAAGCUCAGCACCAUUGAGGCCAAGAGAAUCAUGUCAGUCUUGGAUGAGGCCAUACAAAAAGUGGGGUUGAUGACCCUGAUGUCCUACGUGGAGACCCACCCAGAGGCUCUGGAGGGAAUGUUCCCUGAAGACUUGGUGAGGGCCAUCAGAGAACAUCUGGACAUUGGCCAGGUCCUUCUGGAGGGUGCCAGCAUCCUGCAGGAGAAACAAAAACAGCUGGAGGAAGAGAAGGAGGAAGCCGAGGAAUCCUGGUGCCGAGAUCGCCUACUGUCCUUAGAACUGUGCAAGGCCAACCUGUGGUCACUGGCACACCAGUUCCGAGACUCCACCAAGGCCGUCUUGAGGAUCCUGUUCAGCAACUCCCAGAUCAUCACGAUGAUGCAGGUGCAUGCACCAGGCAGAAGCCCCGGGGCCCAGCGCCUCCUCGAGGGCCUGGUGGAGCUUCGGGGCUACCUCUUUGAAAAGCUCCUCACCAGCCCUAUGGAAGUAAGGGAGAAGAACCAAUUCAUACAGGACAUCAACCGGAGGAAUGCAAGGAACCAGGAAGUCAUCGACGCCCUCCAGACCGAGCUGGCGGAAGUGCUGAAGAAUAAGGAGUCAGAGGUGGAGAAGGAGAAGUUUGUGAUCCAAGAGCUGAAGAACCACCUGCACCAGGUGUUCAAGUUCUCGGAGAGCAGCCUCCUCCGCACGAAGCAGGAGGCGGAGAAGCAGCAGAAGGUGGAUUACCGAGCCUCCCAGGCGCGGCUGGCCAAGAUACAGCAAGAGAUCCUGGCACUUCGCGCGCAGUACCACAACCUGGUCAUGGAGAAUCGGGAGGUGGAGCAGGCCCUGAGGAAGAAAAAAUAUAAAGUGGAGACAGAAAUUGAGAACUGGAUCCAGAAAUACGACAUGGAGAUGAGCGAGAAGCAGGACGAAUAUGAAGACCUGGAGAGCAUCCACAAGGAGGAGAAACUGCAGCUGGAGGAGCUAAAGGAGAGGCAUGCGGUGCUGGUGGAGGAGUUCGCCCAGAUCCGUGCUGAGAGCGAGAUCAACUCCAAGAAGCGGGUGGAGGCGGAGCGCGAGAUGGUGCGCAUGGUGAGGGCGGCCACUCUCAUCCAGGCCGUGUGGAAGGGCUACCUGGUACGCUCCAUGCUCAGAUCCAGGAAGAAGAAGCGGGGCAAGGGCAAGGGCAAAGACAAGGUGAAGGGCAAGGAGAAGAGCAAGGAGAAGGGCAAAGAGGAGAAGGGCAAGGAGAAGAAGGCCAAGGGCAAGGGCAAGGGCAAAGGCAAAAAGAAGUAACCAUUGCCUGGCACGGCCCCGCCCCUGCCCAGCCUCAACCACGCCCUGCCCAGUCUGAGUGAUGCCCCCACCCCGCCCCAGCCUUUUCAUCUCUGGCUUUAAUGAUGGCCAAAAAUACAAAUAAUAAUAAAAAACAUUUAAACCAUA